AUGCCUGGGGACCUCCACGCCGGGACUCAACCAAUCAUGGUAUUCAUUCCCACGUGCGAGAUUUCACCAAGAUGGCGGAAGCACUUGGAGGUGGGGAAAAAUAUCAUACGACACCGGCUCUACGGUAGACCAAACGGCGAGGAGCGUCUACGGCCCUCCCCCUCCCGCUCGAAGCGAGGCGCCCCAGGCGGUCGCCUGGGUCGCCUGCCAGGCCUGGCCCUGGCCUUGGCCUUGAGCCUCACCCCAAUUGAUGUGAAGGUGGUGGGAGGCAGCCAUUGCUCUGACCAUUCCAUCGGUCCUAUGAUGUCUAGCCAGGACUGCAAUGGGUGCAGACACCCUAGUAUCAAAGAGGCCUCAAAUUUCGCCUUGGUUCACCUUCGUUGGAAUGGCUGGGCUGGUGGGACUAGUAGAAGUUCCGACCGGACUCCUCCAACUGUCUUCGUUUAUGCGAAGAAGGCGCUCCAUUCUGAUCGGCGUUGGUGUGUGACCACCACAAAACACGAGGCUGUUGUUGCGAGCUGUGGAAAACUGAUCCCCGAACGCAGCAGAGUUGCCAAGUUUUAG